UUUAUGGCUUUAUAAAAAUAAACAUAUAAAAUUGCAUAUUUAUUAUUUACUGCAGAUUCGUUAUUUUUCUGCCGUUAGAAAUACUUUAACCGUUAUAUAAUUCGUAUUAGUCAGUAGUAACGAGUAAAAUUUUUAAAGGUACGGUAAACAUAACCCCAUCUUACAACGGUGGUGUAAACAUAACCCCAGUUAAAAAUUAAUAAAAGUUAAAAUAAUAUUAAACAAUGGCGGACGUACGAGAUAUUAUGGAACUUGACCGUCCACCCACCCCGGAGGUUACAAAAGAAUCUAUUAUUGGUGAUAGUAAGAACAGAAAACGAACAAGUACUGGUGCACGAGUGAUGAGAAGACCAGAGGGUAUGCACAGAGAAGUGUACGCCCUACUGUAUAAUGACAAUAAAGAUGCACCACCUCUUUUCCCAUCUGAUACAAGUAAUGGGUAUAAACAGGUGAAGAUAAAACUCGGUAUGAGAAAACCCAGAAAAUGGAAGUGGAUGCCUUUUGUUAAUCCUGCUAGAACAGAUAAUGCAACGUUUUAUCACUGGAGGAGGCCCUCAGAUGACCCAAAAGAUUAUCCUUUUGCCAAGUUUAACAAGAAAGUAGACAUUCCAUCAUACACAGACCUAGAGUUCAAUAAAUAUUUAAAAUGUGAUGGUUGGACAAAGGAAGAGACAGAUCAUUUAAUGGAUUUAGCUCACAGAUUUGAUCUAAGGUUCAUUGUAAUGGCAGACAGAUAUGACUCAGAAAAGUUUCAAAAAAGGUCAGUGGAGGAUAUAAAGGACAGAUAUUACAAAUUAUGUGGAAUCCUCAACAAGAUUCACGGCGAGAAGAAGAAUUACAUGUAUGAUGCAGAUCAUGAAAGAAGGCGGAAGGAACAGCUUAAAAGAUUAUACGAACGUACAACUGAACAAAUUGAUGAAGAACAAACUUUAUUAGCCGAACUUAAGAAGAUUGAAGCAAGGAAAAAAGAACGUGAAAGAAAAACGCAGGAUCUUCAAAAACUUAUUAGUCAAGCUGAUAGUCAAAAUGAAACACCUAGGAAAACAGACAAAAAGUUGCCCAAAAAGAAAGUGACAAAUCCAUCUAGGCCUUCAAGAAUAGACACUAAUCAAAUUUUACAGGCUGUUGAAACUGCUGGCAUUAAGUUUCCUGAUUAUAAAAAUAGUGGCGUUUCUCUAAGAUCUCAAAGAAUGAAGUUACCAGCUAAUGUGGGACAGAAAAAAUCCAAAGGUAUUGAACAAAUGUUGCAAGAAAUGGGACUAGAAUUAAAUCCAACCCCUACGGAAGAGAUAUGUCAACAUUUCAAUGAACUAAGAAGUGACAUGGUUCUUCUAAUGGAAUUAAAAUCCGCCUUAGGUACAUGCGAGUAUGAAUUGCAAAGUCUUAGACAUCAGUAUGAAGCUCUGAGUCCUGGAAAGACAUUACCUAUCCCACCACAACUUUUGUCAACUACUCCAGAAAAUGAAACUGGAAAAGUUUCGACGGAAAUUAUUGACGUUGUUGGUUCUCCAGGUACACCCUUGAAUACCUAAUUUGUAUAUUUUACUUUUUAUUAUAUUACUAUUAAUAAAAAACUUUAAUCUUA